ACCAUAAACCCUUCGCUUUCCGUCCGUCGAUCAAAUUUGGUGCCCUGCGAUUAUUUUGUUCAUCUCCAUCGGAUUUCUCUAAACACAGCCAUCUUCCCUUAAUACCCACUGAAAUCCGAGGUUGUCGCAGAGUUCCAGCUACUCUUUCUACCCUUCAACUUCAUCCUUUCUGUAAGGGACACCAAAUUUGGCAUUCCAAUCGAGGAACCAAACUAAUCGCAUCGUUAUUCCUUUAAACUGGAUGACUUUUAUUUGAACAUAUUAUAAAUCUCUUACUUUCAAGCUAUUGUUGGGCUCUGCUCCAUCUUAUGCUGUUUCUCUAAUUGGGUGUUGUUAUUUUUUUUUCUCUGUAGCGGAACUCAGAUACUUAUGAAUGGCUUGGAGAGAGCUGGGUAAAAAAGGAAUGCAUGCUGGUCUUCGAAGAACUUUUACUUGUUCACGAAGGCAUAUAGCCAGGUCAAGUUUUGUGACUACUGAUGAGGUGGUUGUUGUUAAGUUAAUCCCUGCUUCAUCAAGAUGCAUUCCAGAAGUUUCUUGUGGUUCAGCAUAUCAUGGGCCCAAAUUUUAUGUGGCUUCUACAAUAGAACCUCCAAGAAGGUAUUUCCAUUCAAGUGCAGAAUUAUUGGUUAGAAGAGGACAUCAUCAGGAAUUUGGUUUGAAGACUCAAAAGAAAGAGAAGUCUGUAAGAAGGGAUCGCAGGGAUCAACCACCAGUUGAAGCUCCAUAUGUUCCUCCAAAACCGAAACACACCAUUAGAUCUGUUCCUGAUAAAACAAUUGAGAUAUUUGAUGGCAUGACAAUUGCUGAACUUGCUAAACGUUCUGGUGAGACCAUAUCCAGACUGCAGGAUAUUAUCAUAAAUGUUGGUGAAAAGGUCGACUCAGAGUAUGAUCCACUAAGCAUUGACGUCGCAGAGCUUGUUGCCAUGGAAGUUGGAGUAAACAUUAAGAGAUUACACUCUAGUGAAGGUUCUGAAAUUCUACCACGACCACCAGUUAUAACAGUCAUGGGUCAUGUUGAUCAUGGAAAAACUUCUCUUUUAGAUGCACUUCGCCAGACAUCAGUGGCAGCUAGAGAAGCCGGGGGUAUAACUCAGCACCUGGGUGCAUUUGUCGUGGAGAUGGCUUCAGGUGCUUCAAUCACUUUCCUUGACACUCCAGGUCAUGCUGCAUUUAGCGCUAUGCGAGCGAGAGGUGCAGCAGUUACGGAUAUAGUUGUCCUGGUAGUGGCUGCGGAUGAUGGGGUGAUGCCGCAAACACUGGAAGCUAUGGCACAUGCUAAAGCAGCAAAUGUACCUAUCGUGCUUGCAAUUAACAAAUGUGAUAAGCCUGCUGCUGAUCCUGAAAGAGUCAAACUGCAGCUUGCUUCGGAGGGUUUAUUGCUUGAGGAGAUGGGAGGAGAUGUUCAAGUUGUUUAUGUGUCAGCAUUGAAGAAAACAGGAUUAGAUAGUUUGGAGGAAGCAUUGCUCCUCCAGGCUGAAAUGAUGGAUUUAAAAGCUCGUAUCGACGGACCAGCUCAAGCUUAUGUAGUGGAGGCAAGGCUUGACAAAGGUCGAGGUCCUUUGGCUACUACAAUUGUGAAGGCAGGGACCUUAGAAAGUGGUCAGUUUGUGGUUGUGGGCUGCGAGUGGGGCAGAAUAAGGGUUAUCAGGGAUAUGGUGGGGAAAUUGGCAGACCGAGCAGGGCCUGCAAUGCCUGUUGAGAUUGAAGGAUUAAGAGGGCUUCCUAUGGCAGGUGAUGAUAUUAUUGUUGUAGAGUCUGAGGAACGUGCACGAAUGCUCAGUGCGGGGAGGAAAAGGAAAUUUGAGAAGGAUAGGCUGAAGAAGCUGAGUGAGGGGAAGACUGAAACUGAAGAACAGUCCGAGGAGGUAAUUCAGAGGGUUGAAUUACCAAUAAUAGUAAAAGCCGAUGUUCAGGGCACUGUGCAGGCAGUUACAGAUGCAUUGAAGCCUUUAACAGUCCCGCAGGUUUUUCUAAAUGUUGUCCACGUUGGCGUUGGCCCAGUUUCCCAGUCUGAUGUGGACUUAGCUCAAGCGUGUGGGGCAUAUAUAGUAGGAUUUAAUGUGAAGAAUCCCCCAAGUUCUAUCAGUCAGUCUGCUACUCAAGCUGGUAUAAAGAUAAUUCUACAUCGUGUAAUCUAUCACCUUUUGGAGGACAUUGGGAAUCUGAUAGUUGACAAGGCACCUGGGACUUCCGAGACACAGAUAGCUGGGGAGGCCGAGGUGCUGAACAUUUUUGAACUCAAAGGAAGGAGCAAGUCAAAGGGACCCGAUGUUAAAAUUGCUGGAUGUCGAGUGCUUGAUGGUUCCUUUUCAAGAUCAUCGACCAUGAGGCUUCUACGAAGUGGGGAAGUCUUAUUCGAAGGAUCAUGUGCAUCUCUUAAGCGGGAAAAACAAGACGUCGAUUCAGUGAAGAAGGGUAAUGAGUGUGGACUUGUGAUACACAAUUGGAAUGAUUUCCAGAUUGGAGACGUUGUGCAGUGCUUGGAGCAAGUAGUAAGGAAGCCCAAGUUCAUUUCAUCCGAAAGCGGUGCCGUUAGAAUCGAGUGCUGAAGCUUUUUCUCUCUUUCCCCAAAUGAAGGUCAGUGAAAUUCACUCUACUUUCACUUGAAUCGGUUAUGGCUGCUGCUAGAUAUAACAUUCACCCAUUUUAGAGACUUGAUUUCCCUUGGGUGGUGGUUCUUUUAUUCUCUGCCCUAAAAUGCAGAUAUAGUUUGAAACCUUCUUCAACAUAAUUAAGGUUAGUAAAAUUUGGGAGUGGAAAAGAAUCUCCUUGAGUUGUGAUAGAUAGCUUAUGAUGUAGAAUUAAGAUGUAUGACUAUUGUACCAACCAGAAGAAGGUUCCAAUUUUGUGAUUUAAUAAUGUAAAUGUGAACAGGAAAAUCAGUUUUGAAGGCAGAAUUUAUUAUUUCAUAUGAUUGAUGA